CUCUCAGCUAUCACCGUUAUGUGUCCAGGACAGGUCCCGUCUCUCCUGUGUCUUCUCACUGUCACCAGUGCAGUUGGAGCUCUGUACAUUUUUGCUGCUCAAUCCCAAGUGACAGGAUGUGAGAAUGGCUCCACCAUGCUGGCGGUGUCCUAUAAAAUAUGUAAGGAAAUCCAGUGGCUUCAGAUUAGAUGGGAACUCGUCAUCGAUACAAAACCUGUCCAGCUGGUUAUUUGCACCAUACAACCACUGAAUUCCUCCAAAAAGGAGCUAGACUUCAGAAUAUAUCCACCCAAUGGAUUUGAGAAACGGAUGACUAUUAUUCCCCAUAACGGGUCUCUCAAAAUCGAACACCUAAAGGUGACGGACAGCGGAACAUACAAAGUAUCAGUGCUGGACUCCAACCUCACUGUCUACACCAACAUCAACCUCACCGUUUCCUCUUUCAUCAAUGUCCCAAAGAAUUGUGUCCAGUCAGAAGGACAUGAGCAGGAGAAGCAGGAGGAGGAGGAGGAGGAGGAGGAGGAGAAGGGACCGGUAACAGAGGGUCACUGUAUCUGUCCCAGUUACAACAGCAGCAUUGAUGUGGCCACCUCAGCCUGGAUCUUCCUCAGCAGCCGCCUCUCCUCCACCUUCCUCAUUCUUCUUGUGCUCUUCGGGCUCCAGGUAAAGAACCGUAAGCAACAGAGACACCGGAAGGUGAAGAUGUUACCGCCCAACAGAUACCGCCGGUGAGGCUUCAUGUCUCCAACUCAGCGCUGGACAUGGCGGAUGGUGUCAGAUGGAUAUGAAAGUGCGAUGACACGGAGGCUAGCAUUGUGCGAAUACAAAUAUUAUCUACUGUACAACAUUGUGGCUCCUAUUCGUGUCGGCAGCUUCUCUCUUCUCAUCUCCGGUGAUCUGAGUGUACACUGGACCUAUGGCGGGACGGCAAUCAGACUAAAUCUCCUGAUAAUCACUGUGUCCAUAGUUCAGUGCUCUGCUCCCUGAUCCGUGAAAUGUGACAUUUGUAUGUAUUGUGCAUGAACAGAAUGUAAAGAAGUUUAAGAACAAAAUCUACAGAAUUCUCAAUUCAAGGCCACAUAAUGUCACGGUCCAAAUAAAAUUUUGACUUAUUUCUUUUUUCUUCUUUUUUUGUAAGUUACAUUUUCCAAUGCCGUCAUGAGAGUAGAGUUUUGAGCUUUCCUGUAAGGAGCCACUGCACUGGUGUAUAAUAAUUUUGUUAAAUACUUGUACAGGUAGAUAUUCAACCACAUGAAUGAUAGACAACAGCUGUAAAAUGUAUGAAAUGUAAAUUUGCCGGUAUCUGCUAUGUUACCAUGGGAAUUGUCCAGAAAAUGCAAUGUUGGUAAAUUAAUGGGGAACUGUCCUGUGUCGCUUUUCCUUGCGCAUUGGAAAUAGGUCUGUGUACUACAAGCCAAACACAAGUGUUAGGAACCCUGGACUCACUUGGCAUCAAGACUCUUGGUGGGAUAUUCAAUUGUUUGAAAAGUCAGU